CCGAGCGGCGGCCCCUCCCUUGGCGGGGGCGCGCGGCGCAGAGGACCACACGGAAAGAGGGAAGUCAGGUGGCCGCUGCCGCCGCUGCUGCGGAUUGUCGCCAGAAGGAAGAUGGCGGAUCUGGAGGAGCAGUUGUCUGAUGAAGAGAAGGUACGUAUAGCAGCAAAAUUCAUCAUUCAUGCCCCUCCUGGAGAAUUUAAUGAGGUGUUUAAUGAUGUUCGGUUACUGCUUAAUAAUGACAAUCUUCUCAGGGAAGGAGCAGCCCAUGCUUUUGCACAGUAUAACUUGGACCAGUUUACUCCAGUGAAAAUUGAAGGUUAUGAAGAUCAGGUAUUGAUAACAGAACAUGGUGACUUGGGAAAUGGAAAAUUUUUGGAUCCAAAAAACAGAAUUUGUUUCAAAUUCGAUCACUUAAGAAAGGAAGCAACUGACCCAAGACCCUAUGAAGCAGAAAAUGCAAUUGAAUCCUGGAGAACUUCAGUAGAAACUGCUUUGCGAGCUUAUGUAAAAGAACAUUACCCAAACGGGGUCUGCACUGUGUAUGGUAAAAAAAUAGAUGGACAGCAAACCAUUAUUGCAUGCAUAGAAAGCCAUCAGUUCCAAGCAAAAAACUUUUGGAAUGGUCGUUGGAGGUCAGAGUGGAAAUUUACAAUCACUCCAUCAACCACUCAGGUGGUUGGCAUCUUGAAAAUUCAGGUUCAUUAUUAUGAAGAUGGUAAUGUUCAGCUAGUGAGUCAUAAAGAUAUACAAGAUUCUCUAACAGUGUCUAAUGAAGUGCAAACAGCAAGAGAAUUUAUAAAGAUUGUAGAAGCUGCAGAGAACGAAUACCAGACUGCCAUCAGUGAAAAUUAUCAGACGAUGUCGGACACUACUUUCAAAGCCUUACGUCGACAGUUGCCAGUUACGCGCACUAAGAUUGAUUGGAACAAGAUCCUUAGCUACAAGAUUGGCAAAGAGAUGCAAAAUGCAUAAGAUGAACAUUGCAUGACCGGAUCAUUUUAGUGUCUUUGCGUUAAAGAAAUUAUUGCAAAAGUAUUCAGAACUGUCAGUUUGCCCAGUCAGAUGGGCUGAUGCCAUUUAAAAUCACUAUAAUUAACUAGUUUGGUUAGAGCACAAAGCUUAGCUAAUCAACCAUUAUUUUCCAUUUCUUUUGUUCAAAGAGGAUUACAAAUCAGUUUAGUUUAAAUGUCUUUUACUUUCUAUUAUGUCUUUCUUUCUUACAAUGAAGAGAAGAUUCCUCUAGAUUAUAGUUAAAAAAGUUUUUGAAGUGUCUCAAAAAUAUUUUACUUACUAUAACCCUAAAAUUAUUGUCUUUUGGUUUAUGAAAUGGGUAACUUUUGAUAUUUGCCCAGUUCUUUUUAAUGGGGUCAAUAAUGGACAUUAUAGUUUAAGGUGGUUGAUGGAUUUAGCCAUAUAUGCUGCUAAAGAAAUUGUCUACCUUUUCUCCCUCACCUCUUCCAUUUAUGUAAGACUGAGAUUAGAGGGAAAGCAUUUUCUAUAUCAAUUGUGUUUAAACCUUUCAAGGAGGUUUUUUAGCAAGCUUAGUGUUUAACUAAACUUUUUUUAAACAAGGCCAAGGUCUAACGCUGUUUUGAGAUUCUGAAAUUAAAUGAAAAUACUUAUUUCAGAAAUGCAUUUAAUGCUUUUUUUUUCUUGUGACAGUUACACAAAUUAGCUUGAAUUCCAUAUGUCCCUGAGUUAUUUUUAUCAUAAAGCCACAAAUGUAUUAUAACAAGGCAAAUUGUAAUAUAUAUAAUCCUGAACUCAUGAUCAUGUCUCAGUUUUUUUUCUUGGAUUGAAAAGUAUUGAAAUUCAAUGUGACAUUAAAAUGCAGAUUUUCCUAUUUAUUUAAGUAGAAAAUCACCAGUGAGUCGUAUACCAUUUUAAAAUACUUUGGAUAUUGUCAUUUUUAACUGGCUGUAAAUUAGAAGAGCUGGGAUUACAUAUCAUGUGCAGUUACAGUCCAAAUUUUUUCAUCUUCCUAUGCAUCAUAAGCAUGUUUGUAAUAUUUUAAAGAAUAGAUUUACUGAUACUACAGGAAUUCCAAGCCUGUGGUGAAUGUUAGUGUUUACUAUAAAGAGUGGGGUGGAUUUACGGUUUCAUUCAUUGGAGUAUUGCUUAUUAUACUUGAGUGGAAUCCAUUCCUCACAUACUCCUGCAGAUGUCUGGGCCUGGAAUUUUUUUUUUUUUUUAAAGCACCACUUUUAUUAUGUACAAUAAAAUAUUUCAUUAGCUUGAAUUGUAUAGAUUUUUAAAAAUUCAGUGAAAGCAUGUUUAAUUUCUUUUUAAAAUCACUGUUGGGCUUUGAAAGCAUCGAGAAUAUAAUACGAAAUUAUGAC